GUGGAGUAAGUAACGAUUGAUAUAAAGUGCGACGGCUGCGCGUACGCGUCAAACCGCCACGAUGUUCGCGAGUAAGUUGGCUGUGUGCUCUGCGCUUGCAAUCCUCGCGGUCGCUCACGCCGCCCCCGGAGGUAACGACAUACAGAAAAUCGUUAAAGCACCCAAUGUGCCAACGAAAGCCGAAGGAGACGCGGCCCCGAAGGCGGUCUCCCCAGCGGUUCCUCCGAAGCCAGUGAACGAGAGGUUCCCUCAUGCCGUACUCUUCGGAGGCACCUGCGGCGGGACCAUCAUCAGCCCCACAUGGAUCCUCACUGCUGGCCAUUGCACCCUGUUCACUGGUGGACGGUACAUCCUGGCAGGCACGAACAACACUGAGAACGAGAGCGGAGUGACGCGCCACGUGAAGAGGCAGGUCAUCCACCCCCUAUUCAGUGUGGGACCCUACUGGCUGGACGCCGAUGAGUUCAACCUCAAGCAGGUGGCUGCCCGCUGGGACUUCUUGCUGGCUGAGCUGAGCGAGCCGCUGCCGCUGGACGGCAAGGUGAUGGCUGCUGCCAAGCUGGACGACCAGCCCAGUCUGCCUGUCGGACUCAAAGUCGGCUACGGCGGCUACGGCACUGACCACUUCGGAGGCACCAUGCGCAGCGAGAUGCACGGGAUGGAACUGGCCGUUGAGAGUGACGAGGUGUGCUCCACUCUGGAGCAGUACAACAGCCAGGACAUGCUGUGCGUCAAGGGACUCCCACCACGAUUUGACUCUGCUUGCAAUGGUGACAGCGGCAGCGGUCUGGUCGACGAGACCGGCCGCGUGAUCGGCGUCGCCUCGUGGGUCGAGAACGAUGCACACAGCUGUUCCAACGGAGCCCUCGUGGUCUUCUCCAGGGUUGCUAGUGUACGCGACUGGAUCAAGAAAGUCACCAACAUCUAAGACAGCCCCCAGAAAGCAAUAUUAUAUACGUACAACAUCACAUUAAGAAACAUGUUGACUAGUCAAGUAGUUCUCCAAAGAAUUUAAUAUUUAUGUAAGCAUGUGAUAAUUUACAUAUAAUUCCAAAAUGAAAUUAUGGACAUGUUU